UCCCGGCUCCUCCCUCAGUUCGGCCUGGGCCUCCCUCUGUUUCUCUGCUAACAAGUGUCUGUUCUCAGCUCAGCUGUCUCACAUUUUCAUCAAACACCCACAGAGAGGAGCAAGGUUUUACUUUGUUACAGAAUGCCUUUAGGGGGAGGAAAUAAGUGUGGCUGCUGCCAGAAAACCGUCUACUUCGCUGAGGAAGUGCAGUGCGAGGGGAAGAGCUGGCAUAAAUCCUGUUUUCGCUGCAUGGUAUGUAAGAAAAACUUGGACAGCACAACUGUGGCUGUUCAUGUUGACGAGAUCUACUGCAAGUCCUGCUAUGGCAAGAAAUAUGGGCCAAAAGGAUAUGGCUACGGAGGUGGAGCCGGCACGCUGAGUAUGGACACAGGAGAGGGUCUUGGAAUCAAGCCUGAAGUACAAGCUGCUCAUCACCCUACAAAUAACCCCAACACCUCCAAAUUUGCCCAGAAAGCAGGAGGCUCAGACAUGUGUCCUCGCUGUGGAAAGACAGUGUACGCAGCAGAGAAGGUCAUCGGGGGAGGCAAUUCGUGGCACAAGAGCUGCUUUCGAUGCGCCAAGUGUGGAAAAGGUCUGGAGUCCACAACCCUCGCUGAUAGAGACGGGGAGAUCUACUGUAAAGGUUGCUACGCAAAGAACUUUGGUCCCAAGGGCUUUGGCUUCGGUCAGGGUGCAGGAGCUCUUGCUCAUUCCCAGUGAAGCCUGAAGCCUCAGCUCACCUGGGACUGACAUCUGGCAGGCUCUGAUAUCACAGCUUCCGGGAUCUUUCAGUCAAUAUGUAACUUAUUUUACGCUGCCCUUUCACUUUAGCUACAGGCAAUGAAAAAAAUGACAGAAGCACACAUCUUUGAGCAUGUUCACUAAGCAGAGUGUGCUCCUUAUUUCAUGUUGCAUUCAACUCCAGUGUACAACCCCUAAUUCCCCAAAAGUUGGGAUGCUAUGUGGGAUAAAGUGUAAAUAAAAAAAGAAUGCAAUGAUUUGCAAAACUUAUAAAUCUAUAUUUUAUUCACAGUGGAACACAGAAAAUGUUUAAACUGAGACGUUUUACUAUUGUGGCCUUUUUAGCUGGCAGCAACAUGUCUCAAAAAAAAUUAGGAUGGCACAACAAAAGAUGGCAACAAGUGGCACUAAAAAGAACCAGCUGGAGGAACAUUUUACUAAUUAGGCUAACUGGCAGCAUGACAUGAUUGGUUAUAUUAAAAAAAAAAAAAAAGCAUCUCAGAGAGGCAAAGUUUCUCAGAUGUAAAGAUGGGCAGAGGUUCAUCAAUCUGGAAAACACUCAAUCUACAAAUUGUGAAAUUAAGACUCAUCUACGGUACAUAAUAUCACCCAAAAAUUCUGAGAAUCUGAAGAAAUCUCUGUGCACAAGGGACAAGGCUGAAAAUCAGUAUUGGAUGCCCGUGAUCUUCAGGGACCUACAUUAAAAACAGACAUGAUUGUCAUUGUAAUCGCAGCAUGGGCUCAGGAGCAAUUCUAGAAAUCACUGUACGUGAACACAGUUUGCUGUGCCAUCCACAGAUGAAAGUUAAAGGUCUAUCAUGCAAAGAAGCCAUAUGUGAACACAAUCUACCACCGCUGUCUUCUCAAAGCUCAUUUAAAAUGGACUGAGUCUGUUCUGUGGUCUGACAAAAUUCUUUUUGGAAAACAUGGGCGCUGCCUCCUCCGGGCUAAAGAAGAGAGGGACCAUCCCACUUGUUAUCAGUGCUCAGUUGAAAAGUCUGUAUCUCUGAUGGAAUGGGGGUGCAUUAGCGGCUUGCGCAUCUGGAAAGACGACAUUGAUGCUGAAAGGUGUAUAUAUAGACUUUAUAGCAACAUAUACUUCCAUUAUGAUGUCCAUUUCAGGGAAGGCCUUGCAUGUGUCAGCAAAACAAUGCUAAACCACAUAUUGCAUCUAUUCCAACAGCAUGACUUCACAGUAGAAGAGUCUGGGUACAGAACUGGCUUGCCAGCAGUCCAGACCUCAUGCCAAUUGAAAACAUGUGAGAAAGACGACCCAGCAGCUAGAAUCCUAUAUCAGACAGGAAUGGGACAACAUUCCUCCCUCAAAAGUCCAGUAAUUGGUUUCCUCAGAUGUUUAUGGACUGUUGUUAAAAGGGGAUGCUACACAGUGGCAAACAUGACCCUGUCCCAACUUUUUGAAGUGUUGCUGCCAUCAAAUUCAAAAUGACUUUUUUUUUUUAAAUAAUUUUUUCCCC